AUGUGGAGCAUCGCUUUCCUGUGGGGCAGCAUCCUUCUCCUGCCUAGUAUGGCUCAAAUGCCUGCAAUGCUAAACUAUGCUGUGGCAAUACCAUCUCAGCUCUACUAUCCCUUCUCAGAGACAGUGUGCCUCCAGCUCAGCAGAAAGCAAGCAGUCCCAACCCACGUGACAGUAACCUUGCAAAGCAGAACUAGGAACGAGACUUUGAUCAGUCAGUCCAUCUCUCAGCUCACCUUCUUUCAUUGCACAAGCUUCCAGGUCCCUCUUCCUGUUGGAAACCCUGAAGAAGUGGCUUUUAUUGUGAUCACAGUCCUGGUGGCCAACUCAGAGUUUCAGAAGAAACAGAAAGUUCUAAUCAAACAUGCAGACAAGAAGACUUUUAUUCAGACAGACAAACCUGUGUACAAGCCUGGUCAGAUUGUCAAAUUGCGAAUUGUAACUUUGGAUCGGAACUUUAUGGCCAGCAAUGAAACGCAUCGCCUGGUGGAACUGAAGGAUCCCAAAGGGAACCGAAUUGCACAGUGGCUGAAUGCUACCCCUGUGGGAGGCAUCGUGGAUCUGUCCUUCCCUAUGGCUGCAGAAGCACCAGUUGGAGAGUACACCAUCAAAAUACCUGACCGCACGCAUACCUUCAGGGUAGAGGAGUAUGUGCUGCCCAAGAUCAGUGUCACCGUCCAGAUGCCUCAGGUGGUCACCAUCUUGGAGGAGAACUUCACUCUCCGCAUCUGUGGCAUGUACACAUAUGGGAAACCAGUCCAAGGUAGUGCAAAGGCUGCAGUGUGCCGUAAACAUAUCCACUAUAACAAGAGGGCUUCCAACGCCAAGAGAAGUAUUUGUAAGGAAUACACUGGUGAGACUGACGAGGAUGGCUGCUUUGCUACUGAGGUGGAUAUUAAGGUCUACCACCAGAAACGUGGUGACAGUUAUGAUUUCAACCUGGAAGCUGUGGCCUUUCUGAAAGAAAGUGGAACAGGAGUGGAGUUCAACACCACUAAAAACUGCAGGGUCACUUUUGAGAUCACAGCUCUACAGUUCUGGGGCACACGCUACUACUACCAGCAAGGAACUCCCUACUAUGGAAAUCUGGAACUCAAAAGUCCCAAUGGGACACAUCUGAAGAACAAGGAAGUGGUUCUUACAGUGUCCUAUGGUAGCAAGAAGCAGACCAAGACCUAUUUCACAGAUGACACUGGGAUGGCCUCUUUCAUUUUAGAAACAUCAGCAUGGGACAACAGCAGCAAAGUUCUACUACAGGCAAAGAGCCACCCGGAGGACCUGAGAGGUCGAAAUGUUAAGGUGUCUUACGGCACUGCAUCCCUCACACUGAGGGCCUUCUACUCUUCCAGCCGCAGCUCUGUGAGGAUCCAGCCAGUGAAUGCAAUGCCACUCUGCGGGGACAUGCAGCAGGUCACUGUGCACUAUCUCAUCCUAGCCACAGAACUGGGGAACAGGGCUAUCAGAGCAGACUUCUACCACUUGGUUUUGACUAGAGGAUCCCUUAAGCACCACGGCCAAACAACAGUACCUCUUGAUGCACCAUUAGGUCAGUAUAGUGGUGCCUUCAAUGUCACUCUGCCCAUUGACCUCAUUUCACCCAUGGCAACCCUCUUUGUUUAUGUUCCCUUCCCUGAUGGACAAGUGGCAGCUGACAUCUUCAGUCUGAAAGUCCCCAAGUGCUUCAGGAACCAUGUGAAGUUGGGCUUCUCAGACACAGUGGUUCUCCCAGGAUCGUCUGUCCAUCUCCAUUUACAAGCUGCACCAGGCUCCCUGUGUAGCAUCCGUGCUGUAGACCAGGGUGUCCUGCUUCUGAGGCCAGAAGCUGAGCUAUCCAAGAAUAGUGUAUACAACAUGUUCACCUACCCGCAAGAGCACUCCAGCACCCUUGCAGACUACUACAGUGACUACUGUACUAUUCACAAGAGCCCAGGAAUCCUUGACUCCCCUCAGCCCACCAUUCCACCAGGAACAAUGUCACCAUUUAUGUAUGACAGAUACUCUUAUGCGGUGUCCCAACCAGAUAUUUAUGAACUUCUGAAGAAUUUAGGUCUAACAGUUUUGACCAGCCUUAAAAUCAAGUCUCCAAUUGAGUGCCGCACCCAGACCACUUUCCACUACGACUACAUGUCUUAUGAUGAGCUGGCAGACUUGGACUACUUGGACACAGAAACAGAUGCUGCUGUUGAACGUGCUGAGUCUGAGCAUGUUGAGUUGGGCAGUGAGGCAGGGCCAGUGCGUGCCUGGUUUCCAGAGACAUUCAUCUGGACUCUGGCUCCUGUUAAUGAUUCAGGGACUGCUGAGCUAGAUGUCACAGUACCUGACAGGAUCACAGACUGGAAAGCCAUGACCUUCUGCACCUCAGUGAGCCAUGGACUGGGAAUCUCAGAGACCACCACCCUGCAGAGCUUUAAGCCUUUCAUCGUGGAGCCCAGCUUGCCCUACUCUGUCUUCCGGGGAGAGUCAUUUCCCUUGAAAGUCAAAGUCUUCAGUUACCUGAAGCAGUGCAUAGCGAUUCAGCUUAGCCUAAUGGACUCCAGAGAUUUUGAAUUUGUACAUGCAAAUGUCAGGUUCACUGGUUGUCUGUGUCCUAAUACAACAAAAACAUUUUUCUGGGAUGUGAAGGCUACCAAAUUAGGGAAAGUUAAUUUCGCUGUCACUGCUGAGGUGAUGGAACAGGAAGAUAUUUGCACUGGGAGUACAGCCAUUAUGCCAGAGUCUGGAGCGAAGGACACAGUGGUUAAACACCUGCUGGUGAAGGCAGAGGGGCUGCUGGAGGAAAAGACUCAUACCUCACUCCUGUGCCCUAAAGGAACAUCACCUUCUGAGACAAUCACUUUCACUAUGCCAGAGAACACAGUUCUUGGGUCGGAGAGAGCUCACAUCUCUUUCUUAGGUGACAUUUUAGGGCCUGCGCUGGACAACAUAGAUGAUCUCCUCCAGAUGUCCAGUGGCUGUGGUGAGCAGAACAUGGUUCAUUUUGCCCCCAAUGUGUUUAUCACACGAUACCUUGAAGAAACAGGACAACUGACUCCAGAAAUCAAACAGAAGGCAAUUGGCUAUUUGGAAAGUGGAUAUCAGCGGCAACUCCUGUACAAGCACACAGAUGGCUCAUACAGUGCCUUUGGGGAAGGAAGUGAGCCAGGGAACACAUGGCUUACUGCCCUUGUCCUCAAGACCUUCAGCCAAGCCCGGGACUUCAUCCACAUAGAUGAGCAGAAUAUAAAGGAUGCUGCCAGUGCCCUGAUAAAAAGUCAGACUCACUCUGGCUGCUUCAGGAGUGUGGGGAAGCUCUUCAACAAUGGUCUGAUGGGUGCAGUGGAGGAAGGACUGGGGCUGAGCUCUGCAAUCAUCACAGCUCUCGUGCACUCAGGGAUGCCACGCUCUGACCCAGUUUUGCAGAAAGCUCUGAAAUGUAUAAAGGACAUGAUCAGCUCUGAUAAUGGCAGCUCCAACCUCUAUGACUUGGCACUAGCUGCAAAUGCUUUUGCAGUAGCAGGUGAUAAGACGUUCAGGCAGAAAAUCCUUGACAGAUUGGAUAUGGCUGCCAUAAUAUCAGAUGACCAAAUAUUCUGGAGUCAACAGUCCAAAGAUGAAGAAGACUCCCUAUAUUGGUAUCGGGCUCCAUCUGUCAAUGUGGAAUUGACGUCUAGUAUUCUCAUGGCUCACCUUUCAAAGACAAGUUUGUCUUCAGAUGAAAUCAAAAAGGCAUCCCAGAUUGUGUCAUGGCUCAUCAAGCAGCAAAACCCUUAUGGAGGCUUUGCUUCAACCCAGGACACAGUGGUUGCUCUGGAAGCCUUAGCCCUGUAUGCAACCAAGACCUUCAGCAAGGAUGGCCCUGAUCUUCAGGCUUCCCUCUCCUCUGAGGGUUUCAUCCAAAACAUCAGAGUAGACAACACCAAUCGCCUUCUGCUGCAGACAGUGGAGCUGCCAGCCAUUUCCCAAGAUUAUACUGUGCGUGUACAGGGCCACGGGUGCCUCUUCCUGCAGGCUGUCCUACGGUACCACAUCCCUCCACCGAGGAGUGAAGACACCUUUGCUGUAUCUGUGCAUACAGAGUGCACUGCACCCAAUGCCACCCAGUUCUCUAUCACCGUUCAUGCUCGCUACACAGGGAACCGUGUGUCCACCAAUAUGGUCCUGAUCCAAAUAGAGCUGCUGUCUGGCUACAACCCCAUGCCAGGUUCACUGGAAGAGUUAAAGAAGAUGCCUUUAGUGAAGAAAGUGGAAAGUAAAGCUGAGCAAGUUGUUCUCUACUUGGAAGAACUGACUAGACAGCCCCACACCUACACUUUGCUGGUGCAGCAGGACGUGCAAGUGAAGGAUCAUAAGCCAGCUAAUAUCAAGGUCUACGAUUACUACAUGCCAGAAGAAACUACAAUGAUGAGCUACAGUGCCUUGUGUGAGUGA